GCACCCGAACAGCGGCCGGAAGCACUCGGGAGUCACGUGCUGCCCGCCGCGCCAGUGAUUGGCUUGCGCUGAGGCGAGGAUGCCGCUGAGAUUGCUGAAUUGUCUGGACAGGAUUUGAGGUAUCUGCUAAGCCCCCUUGAUCAGAGCCUGCCUCAGGAGAGGAAAAGAAGACUGAGUCCUGCUUUCUAUGAGACCUGGUGGCCCCAUCUGGAGCCCAGAAUGCCCAGCUCACGUGUCACCAGCAUGGAGUUCUGAAGUCCAUGUGGCUCUUCAAGGUGAACCAGGUCUUAAGGAAGAUGCAGAGACGCCACAGCAGCAAUACAGACAGUGCUCCGCCGGAAAGAAGUCGCAGCCAGGCACUCAGCUCGGAGGCCAGCGUGGAUGAAGGGGGCGUCUUCGAGAGUCUGAAGGCAGAAGGGGCCUCCCCGCCCGCACUCUUCUCCGGGCUAUCAGGGCUCCCAGCCGCCAGCCUCCCAGCGGCGCCCUUCCCGUCCAGCCUGGUGCUGGGGGCGGCGGGGGGCGGCGGGGACGUGUUCCUGCAGAUGCCGACCAGCCGGGAAGAGGGCAGCAGCCGCAGCGAGGGGGGCACCUAUCACCACCGGCCUCCCCAUCACCACUUCCACCAUGGGGGCCACCGCGGGGGCUCGCUGCUGCAGCACGUAGGCGGGGACCACCGCACACACGCCGAGGACACAGCAGACGAGCAGCACGGGACCCCCGCACCCGCGCUGUCCGAGCUCAAGGCCGCCAUCUGCUGGCUGCAGAAAGGGCUGCCCUUCAUCCUCAUCCUCCUUGCCAAAGUGUGCUUCCAGCAUAAGCUCGGCAUCGCCGUGUGCAUCGGCAUGGCCAGCACCUUUGCCUACGCCAACUCUGCGCUCCGGGAGCAGGUGUCUCUGAAGGAGAAGAGAUCGGUGCUGGUCAUCUUGUGGAUCUUGGCCUUUCUGGCAGGCAACACCCUGUACGUGCUCUAUACAUUCAGCUCCCAGCAGCUGUACAACAGCCUCAUAUUCCUGAAGCCCAACCUGGAGACACUGGAUUUCUUCGACCUGCUGUGGAUCGUGGGCAUUGCAGACUUUGUGCUGAAAUACAUCACCAUUGGCCUCAAGUGCCUCAUCGUGGCCCUGCCCAAGAUCAUCCUGGCUGUCAAGUCCAAGGGAAAGUUCUAUCUGGUCAUCGAGGAGUUCAGCCAGCUGUUCCGAUCGCUCGUCCCCAUCCAGCUGUGGUAUAAAUACAUCAUGGGUGAUGACUCCUCCAACAGCCACUUCCUGGGAGGUGUCCUGAUUGUUCUCUACAGUCUGUGCAAGUCUUUCGACAUCUGUGGCCGAGUGGGCGGGGUGCGAAAGGCCCUGAAGCUCCUGUGCAGCUCUCAGAACUAUGGCGUCCGGGCCACGGGGCAGCAGUGCGCGGAAGCCGGGGACAUCUGUGCCAUCUGCCAGGCGGAGUUCCGAGAGCCCCUGAUCCUCAUGUGCCAGCACGUGUUCUGUGAGGAGUGCCUCUGCCUCUGGCUGGACCGUGAGCGCACCUGCCCGCUCUGCCGCGCGGUCACCGUGGACGCGCUACGCUGCUGGAAGGACGGGGCCACCUCUGCACACUUCCAGGUGUAUUAGGACCGAAGACCAGCUCACCUGGAGACAGACAGAUGCUCACACAUCCACUUGCAGGUAGACCCAGUAUGAAAGGUCUUGGGCCGUCACACUGCUAUCGUCCUGGGCUCUCAGGAUCAAGGCAUGAAAGACCCACGAUCAAGGUUCUCCACACCCACCUCCAUCCCCUUCCUCCUCCUCCUCCCUCUAGUCUUCUCUUGUUCACUCAAGUCUCAGGCUCACCAACAGCUCCUGUGGACACAGCCUUCUCUCCCAGGGGAGCCCUCAGAGCAAAAGGAACCAUCCAUGUUAGGGAUUUUUCCACCAGCCAGGGCACUGGCUUAGAGACGGUCGCCAUCACCGUUUGUGUAAUCUUGACAACAGAGCUGCCCGUCUCCAUGACAGCACAGGAACCUGUCCUGCUUGGAAAUCUGGGAGAGGGCCUGGGUGGUCACGUAAAAGCUUCUGGAAACUCGCCUGCCCGAGCCUUCUCCCAACCUGAUUAUCUCAUUGUCAACAGCACAGCAGCCUGGCGGGGAUGACAUUACAGAGAAAACGGUCUGUGUGACUAGUGGGCAGAUUAGCGAGAGGGCCCAGGAGAAAUGGCAGGUGGGGGCUUUGCAGCUUCCUCCUCUCGGCCUGUGUCCCCUGCCGGCCCCUCCCCAGUAGGUCCAGGGCACAGCCUCUGUGUGCCACCAAAUCAGGACCUUUCCCUCCACCUGACGUCCCUGGCUCUUUUCUGCUACCCAGCAAGACCUCCUUUGUGGGGCAGCAUGGCAUCUUUCAAGCUCUGUUACCAUGGUGAUGGCCAUGACAAUCUGACUUGCUGGGAUAAUCAAGUCGGAGGGGACAGGGCUAUGUGCAUGCACACCAGCUGCUCUGCCCACCCCACCUUGAGGAAGAACUGAGAAGGGGGACUGGGUGGGAGCUCUUGUAGCUGGUUUAUCUCAGAGAGAUUACCCUGCCUGCAGAUGCUGUCAGAGAAGCCUGAGAAAUCAGAGCUGAGGGAGGGGGCCUGGGGUGGGGGUGGGGAGGGCUACUUAACUUUCAUGCCAUCAUGUGACAGAGCAGACAGCAGUGCUGGGAGUCAGGGCUGGCAUUCCAACUCCUAGCUCUGCAUGGCUUUGGGAAGUCACUUUAGCUCCCUGUGGCCAUUUUCAGGGUGACAAAGCCCAGUGGGAGAAACCGGCAAUGUGGAUGACUGGUUGAACACACCAGUGACUUUGCCUACUGUUCUCAUGUCGACUUGAGAAAAGCAGCCUUCUGACACCAGAGAGUCAUGCGUGGGGGCACCCAAGGCCAGGUGGGGUGGCUUCGUUUGGAACUGUAUUUACUCACUACCUUAUUCUCUGGAGGAACGCCAUGCCUGGAGUUUGUCUUUGGGUCAGGAGAGCUGAAUUCAGUCCCAGGGAGGAACUGUGUAAGGGAAGGGCCAGCAGGUAGCUGAAUAUACAAGCAGCCAAGAGUCUCCGUUGGAAAAGAAGAACGCCAUUCUCUUCACCCUGUCUUAGUCCUGAAGCAUCUUUGUCACCAGCGGGAUGAAGAGAGGACCAAGUGGAAAGUCCUACCCUGAACAUUUCGUGAUUCCCAGACUGAGUUCCACGAAGAUUUUGAUCCUCUGAUGGGGAAAAGGUCAUGAGCACAGAGAAUGUGGGGGACUCAAAAGGUGACCUUUGGGGCUGGGUAGAACAAGCAUGUGACCAAGUGAGAAACACUGGGGUGUGGGGACAGGAAGCUAAGGUGGGGGAGGGGUUUGAAGAAGGAGAGACAACAUGACUCUGAUUCCCUUAGAACUCUGGUGGCCAGCGAGUCUGGCGGUAGCGCAGCGGGUUAAGCGCAGGUGGCGCAAAUGCAAGGACUGGCAUAAGGAUCUGGGUUUGAGCCCUGGGCUCCCCACCUGCAGGAGAGUCACUUCACAGGCGGUGAAGCAGGUCUGCAGGUGUCUAACUCUCUCUUCCCCUCUCUGCCUUCCCCUCCUCUCUCCAUGUCUCUCUGUCCUAUCCAACAGUGACGACAUCAAUAACAACAACAAUAAUAACUACAACAAUAAAACAAGGGCAACAAAAAAGGAAAUAAAUAUUUAAAAAAUUUAAAAAAGAACUUUGGGGCCCCAACAGAGUUGCCUUUGGUGUCUUUCAGCUCUCCCCAGAACCCUUCUGCUAAUAAACAUCAUCUGCACAUCA